UUCUGACCUGGGCUGCAUAGUUUAGUGUAUUGAUUCUGAAUCUUUUAUAUCUUGUAACUUUUGUUUCUGAAUUGCCUUUGACACUCGUUGCAUUAUGUCGUGUUGACAUAAUUAUUUCUUUCUUAUGUAGUUGUGGCAACGGAUGAUGAAAAGAUUGCAGAAUGCUGUCGGGGAUUUGGUGCUGAUGUGAUAAUGACAUCAGAGUCUUGUCGAAAUGGCACUGAAAGAUGUUAUGAAGCACUUGAAAAGCUAGAGAAGAAGUAUGACAUUGUUGUGAAUAUUCAGGGGGAUGAACCUCUUAUUGAGCCUGAGAUAAUAGAUGGAAUUGUUAAAGCUCUGCAGGCAGCACCAGAUGCAGUGUUUAGCACUGCUGUCACCUCUUUGAAACCUGAAGAUGCUUUUGAUCCAAAUAGAGUGAAAUGUGUGGUAGAUAAUCGUGGCUAUGCUAUUUAUUUCUCUAGAGGACUGAUUCCAUUUAACAAAUCAGCGAAAGUCAAUCCACAGUUUCCAUACUUGCUUCAUCUUGGAAUUCAGAGCUAUGAUUCAGAGUUUCUAAAAAUAUAUCCAAAGCUUCAGCCUACUCCACUGCAACUUGAAGAAGAUCUAGAACAGCUUAAAGUCCUUGAGAAUGGCUAUAAGAUGAAGGUCAUAAAGGUUGAUCACGAGGCUCAUGGAGUUGACACACUUGAAGAUGUGGAGAAGAUCGAAUCUCUAAUGCGCGAGAGAAACUUGUCUUAGUUCAAAGAGAACUCAAAUCAGACAUUUAUAAUUGAAUCUCUUAUGGAAUAGGUUAUAUCAUUAUAUGUUUUUUUACUUACAUUAUUUAGGAAAGAAUUACUUACAUUAUUUAGGAAAGAAAGGAAGAAUGACCACCAUAAAAUUCCUUGUAGCACUCUUUGUUGGUGAAGAUAUGAUAGACCUGUCACCCAAUCUUACACGUCUUCUAGCACCAUUUUUUUCUUUUAUUAAAGCACCUAUCCAAAUACUAAGUCAAAGCAGCAACAUGCAGUCAAAGCUGAAUAACUAAAACUUGUAUAAAAGAAAAAGUUGUAUCCUGGGGUGGUCAACUUUCUACUGAGGUAAAGUACCAGUUUUUAGAAUUUAUACAACAGAUAAAGUGAGAAACCCAAUUAGAUUCAUAGGCAAUUAUUGCCAGUCAAAGCAACAGCAAAGAAAUCAAAGAAGCAGGGUUAAUGAAAAUCAGAAAAUGUGCUCAAAGUAAUGGAAAUCCAAACAUCAAGAAGU